GAACAGAGCGAAGCUCAAGCAGAUGCCGCUAGACUUACAUCUAGAAGCACAACAAGGCUCACAACAUCGAGCUUCCCCACAAUCAACCCUAGCAUUACGCUGACAACUACCAAGUCGCCUCCCAACAGAACCCAUAUAAUCCGGACUUCUCCGCAUUCUCUGGCGGCCGGGGAGAGGAGCUCCGUUGAGCGCAUCCUUCCAGACAAAAUACCUGAGAUUCCGAGGACGCUGGAACAAUCACCCCAGUGCUCAGCAACUGUGGACAAGCUCAAUAUACAGCAGAUGCCUAGACAUACGCAGCUGCCAGGAAUAAUGCAGGUUGCCUCUCGAUGGCCACAGCCUCUCUCAGAUCGUAUCCUGCGCCAACUUGCGACAAAAUCGAUCGAUGCAAUUUCGUCAGGUCCCGAAGACUUCAAGAUUGGCGGGCCCAAGGAAAUCUACUAUUGCCCAAUAUGUUCCAAUAAGAAGAGGUUCCUGCAAGUUGAGACUUUUAUUAAACAUUUAUCCGACAUCCAUCAUUAUUGCAUGUUCUUCAGAAGCGGUCUGUCUCUUUAUACUAUUAAUUUCUCGCUCAGAGUUUGUUCUUGUAUUCCUGACAUGCCCGCCCUCAUUCUGGAUGACAGCACCAUCGCGCCCAGCAAGAGAAUGAGCGCCUCACCCCCAAGUAGAGCAGUAACCCAUAGAGGAUAUCUGUCGAUAGACCAGGCUAUCAAUCCAGACAUCAGUGUCGAGCGGCAUUACUAUUGCAGCUAUGACAGCGAGCAAUGCAGCUAG